AUCUGGGGCACCAAUUUGCAAAAAGUAGAAACAGGCGUGCAUUAUAUAUUUGAGUUGAGAAGAAGCACUAGUCUUUUCUCUUUAGACCUUUAACUCUUCUCUCACCCUUUUUCUGUGUAAAUGUCCUGCAACUCCGAUCCAUUGUAGGUUCAGAGUUUUAGGAUCGUGUUAGUGGUUUGUUCCCGCCAAAACCUGCAAAGUAAAGCUCUUAGCUUUUUCCUACUAUCAACUUUUCUUUUCUUUUCUUUUUUUUCUCCAACGAACCCUCCAUCAUAAUAGUACAGUGUCAGUCCUUAGUACCCCCACUCAGUCCUUGUGCUUUUACUCUUGUUUCUCUAACUAUAUUUACUCCUUUAAAUUAAAGUCCUUCCCCCCCCCCCCCCCCGGUUGGUACUUAUGUCCAUUUGUUCCCCCUCUGUCUCUCAUCAUCUCUUUCCAUAAAUUCAUCCCCCUCUACUGCUCACCUCCACUUCUCCUCCAGUUCUGUUAAAACCAACAAUUGAUCUCUUUUUUUUAACAACAAUAUGAUUUUACAGCCACCAGUAAAAUUCUCUGAACACUUGGUCACUACAAACAAGCAAGUUCAUGAGCUGAACAUGAAGAAUCCACAAAAAGUUGUUCGAAUCAUACUUACCGACGGCGAUGCAACGGAUUCAUCCGACGACGAAGACGAUCAAUUCAUGGUACGAAGAGUGAAGAGAUAUGUGACUAAAAUCAACUUUACACUGCUACCGGAGUCACCAAAGCAAGAGUCUCAACCUCAACAAAGUAGCAGGAAACGGUGUUUGCCUUCAUCGGAUAGUGACGUCGGCUGCCGGAAAAAAUACAGAGGCGUCCGUCAAAGACCAUGGGGUCGCUGGGCCGCCGAGAUUCGUGACCCUACACGUGGGAAACGUGUCUGGUUAGGAACUUACGACACGCCGGAGGAAGCAGCCACCGUGUACGACAGAGCUGCCGUUAUGCUUAAAGGUCCCGAUGCCGUUACCAACUUUGCAUUAGUCUCGCCGGCGAUUGAAACGUCGGAGGCGGAGUCCAUCAUCGUCAGCCCAGCGAAGACUGAAGUUUCUUCAAAGGAUGUGGCUUUAUCGCCGACGUCCGUUCUCCGUUCUGAUGAUUUUGGACCGUUCGAUGGCAGCCUAGGGUUUAGCGAAGUGGACGCUUUCGGUUUCGAAAUUGACUCCCCUUUUGGUCUAACGGGAUUUGGAAUGUCGGAGAAAUAUUUCGCCGAGGAAUUCAGCGAGUUUGACUUCGACGAUUUUGCCGUCGAAGUCACAUAAUCGUGAGGGGCAAUUUCGUCAUUGAAAAAUGUCGCGGUGACGUGGAUUAUUUUUGGCGGCAAUAUACGGUGUGCAUAGCAGUACAGUAGUAGUAUACGUCGGAAAUCAUACGGCGAUUUUUGUGAGAGAUAUUUCAAUUUCUUUUUAUGGUCAAUUAUAUACAUAUAGGAAAUUGUAAAACGACUUGUUUAAAUUAUUAAGAUAAAUUAUUAAUUAUGACAAGAGUGGAAAGUGGGGUCUGUAGUAUUUGGUAUAAGAAGAGUGUUCGAGAGUGAUAUUUCUUGGUUAUCA